AAUAGUGUGUUUUUUGUGUUGCACACAUUUUAAUUCAAUUUUUAAAUUUUCUUUGUUUCUGUGAUAACGUUUAGUGUAAUCUGACACAACCCUAAUCUGCCGUUACUGUUUCAAAACAUACCUACCGAUGGCUCCUGGAAUUGCUGAUAAAAAGAACAAUACCCUUCCUUUAUGGGGUAAUGAGAAAACUAUGAACUUGAAUAACUUAAUUUUAACUAAUAUUUUGUCCUCGCAUUAUUUUAAGGUUAAUCUCUAUCAACUGAAGACCUAUCACGAAGUCAUUGAUGAAAUAUACUAUCAGGUAACGCAUCUAGAGCCAUGGGAGAAGGGAAGCAGGAAAACAGCAGGACAGACUGGCAUGUGUGGUGGGGUUCGAGGUGUUGGUGCUGGUGGCAUAGUUUCCACAGCAUUUUGUAUAUUGUAUAAACUUUUUACAUUGAAGUUAACUCGCAAACAACUUGUUGGAUUAAUCAACCACGGUGAUUCACCUUAUAUCCGAGCUCUGGGCUUUAUGUACAUAAGGUACACACAACCCCCAGCAGACCUCUGGGAUUGGUACGAGCCCUAUUUGGAAGACGAAGAGGAGAUAGAUGUCAAAGCCGGAAGCGGUCAGAUCAUGACGAUCGGCGAAAUGCUCCGCCAUUAUCUAUCGAAGCUGGAAUGGUUUUCCACCUUGUUCCCACGCAUUCCCGUUCCGAUUCAGAAGGAUUUGGAGAGGAAGCUGACAGAUUGGAGAGCCAAGACAAAGAUUAAAGUGAAAGAAGAUACAGAUUUCGGUGAAGUUGAGCAACCUUCUGCUGCUGAGGGGAAUUGGGAGGAAGAAGAAGAAGGCGGGAAUGUCAGAGAGGGCAGUCGUCAUAAAGAGUCGUCCAGGGUCGACUACAACGAUGAGAUCUCCAGAGAGAGGGAAAGGCAGAGGCGAGAUCGAGACAAGCAUAGAUCAUCGAAGCAUCAUCACUCAGAUCAUCACAAAAGUCAUCGAAGUCGGAGUCCUUCGGAGUUCAAACCUCAUAGGGAAGAUUCUGGUCAUCAUCGAUCGAAGCACAGAGAAUCUGAUCGGCCAAUGGAGCACGGGAAGCACAGAGAAGUUAGUUCUCACCGUAGAGACAAUGAUGUGGAACACGAAAAAUCUUUCAGGGACAAGAAGCAUAGUCAUGAAAAACGAGAGAGUAAACAUCGCUCUCACAGUCAUAGUCAUGACAAAAAAAGUCAUAGGCGCUCUCGAAGCAGAGAGCACUAUUGA